AUGUCAGAAGCAUUACCGGUCUACACAUUGUGGAUUUCAUCGUUGGAAGACCCAUUAGUUCUUUAUUUUUGUCAAAUGGAUUCAACAAAUCCUUUGUGUAAACGUUACGCAUCGCAGAUUUCUCGGAUUCUUAAGACUCUAAUAAUAGGAGCUAAUUUAUUGCCAACAGAUGCAGGAAGUGCAAUCAUAAACUUGAUCGGUGAGACCGAUGUUGGCCUUAUCAUACGAUUUCUGAAUGGUGCAGUUGAUUCUGACAUUCCACCUGUCAUUCAUAUUAAUUUGAACACACCAACUGAUGUGCAUUGGAAAACCCAUUUGCUUGCAUCUCUUGAUAUCAUCAUGCAUGAUCUAAAACGUGAGCGUUGGCAUCGAGAAAUGUUAGAAAAGGAUGCAGAUAGUAUGAGGAGUCGAAUUGCUCAAGGCUUUAUUUGUUUAAUCCUUUUUUGUUUUUGGAUGGAGCGAACUAUUUGGUGGCAGGAAAAAGAACUAGCUUUGCUUUACAAUAUAAUACGACAACAAACUGCUGCUAGUGUUGCUGUUAAUGAAAAUUUUGAUGCUGAACAGCUGAAAUCAAAAACUGAUGAUGAAUAUGAAAAAGAACCACAAAACACUACAAUUGAAGAAGUUAAUGCGAUAACUGCGAUACUGCCCAUCGAUUCUUUGUCGAAGAAAAAAAUUCGAAAUAAGCAAAUAUCAAGUCGUAAAAGCAAAAAUGACGAUUGUGUUCGUGGCUUAACUUCACAAGAUUUUUGUUCUUUAUGUCCAGGCGAAGCUUCAUUCACAGAUCAAGAAUGCAUGAGGAAGCACUUUAUAAGUCGUCAUCUCGAUGAUGAACUAGGAAAAUGUAUGGCUUGUCCGAACAUAUCGAAUCGUGUUGAUCCAGCUAGCCAUAUGAGGGCUCACAUAAUAAGGAUUUAUGCCUGCAAAUUUUGUGGCAAAGAAGGCAGAAAACAUUAUCUUAAGGCUCACAUUCGUACACAUACGGGUGAAAAACCGUUUAAGUGUGCGAUUUGUGCAAGGCGGUUUGCUGAUUCGUCAACUUAUAGACGUCAUCAGUUGGUUCAUACGGGUGAAAAAAAAUUUUCAUGUCCAAUUUGUGGGCGAUGCAUUGCGAGGAAGGAUAAUGUGAAGACACAUAUAAAGAGUCAUGAAAGGUUUUAUACUUAUACUUUUAUUUUCAUGAAUGUUCCUUCGUUAGUUGGAAGCUAUAUUGAAUUCAUUUUGAAAUCUAUUUAUAAAUUUUGCUAA